CGAACUAGAGGGACGAUACCACAUUAUUAUUGUGGAGAUUUUUAUAAUUAUGUCAUAUAAUAAUUUGUCAUGUCUUACUUGCCGGAUAAUUUUUAAAGAGGCUGAUGACCAAAGACUCCAUUAUAAAUUAGAAUGGCACCGAUAUAAUCUUAAAAGAAAAAUGAUAGAUCUGCCACCAGUUGAUUUGGAAACAUUUUGUAAUAAACUUAUAAAACAGGAAGAUAUAAAUCCACAUCAGUUCUAUUGUAAAUUAUGCAAUAAAUUAUUUUAUUCUGAAAAUUCCUAUGAUGCACAUAAGAAAUCUAAAAAACACAUGAAUGCCUCAAAUUCCUUGACUAAAAAGGAUAUAGAGUGUAACAAGGAAAUAGUUGACAUAAAUAAAAAUACAAUUGAUAGCUUACAAAUUGAAGCGAAUCUGGAUUCAAAUAAUGAAUCUUCCUGGGAAACCCUCUCAUCAAAUUCUGAUGCUACUAAUGAUGACAAUAAAAGUGCACCUAUUGUAAACAAGAAUUUGACAUGUUUAUUCUGUGAAAAAAAUUCAUCCAUUAUAUCAAAUAUUGAUGAAGAUUUAAUGCAUAUGAAUGAAAAUCACUCAUUUUUUAUUCCCUAUUUUGAUAAAGUUGUUGAUAUGAAAGGGUAUUUACAAUAUUUGGAUUAUAAAAUAAAAGUUUGUAACACCUGUAUUUGGUGCCACAAAAAGUUUGCAAGCACCUUAAAUUGUCAAAGGCACAUUAAUGAUAAAGGUCAUUCUAAAGUUAAGUUUGAUCCAGAAGAUGCAAUAUCAAUUGAAUAUUUACAAUUCUACACUAAAAAAAACAUCAAAAACAUAGUUCAAGAUGGUGAUAAGCUCAAGAGAUUGAUAGAUAAUGUGUUUGGUAUAUCCUAUAAUAUCUUGAAAAAUAUAUCCGAUUCAAAAGAUGAAAGCUACAUAACUCAGGAAGAUAUCUUUCAAUUAGCUUUACCAAAUGGACUACUCCUUGGUCACAGAUCCUUAAAUGUUUACUAUAAGCAAAGAAUUGUUAAUAACUCUAGGGCGUUGGAUAUAAGGCGAAAACAAAAAUCCAUAAUUAACACUGCUAAAUUAUUUAGUUCUUCUAACCUGAAUCAAUGGAAUUUAAACAUUAACACUGCCAACGCUAAACAAACUAAACUAUCGAAAUGGGAUAUCAGAAGGGACAAAAGAUAUUUUUUGAUUCCUUACAAAAAUUACCAUAAAAAGGCCUUGAGUAUAAUGCUUAGAGCUAACAGCCAAAGACAUUUCCGGCAACAAGUCGACUUUUGAAAACACCUAUAUAUUAACAAAUCAAAUAUAAUCUUUUCUACAUUACAUAAACUUUUUUUCACAUUAUUGUAUAAUAUAAAAUCAAACUUUUUGAUAGACAAAACUUGAAGUUUUAUUUAGUAUAAUAAAUCAGUUGAUGGUUAGUAUA